AUGAGCUCCACCAGCCGAUCAAGCGAAAGAACAAACAGGCCUCCCUUCUCUGCCCUGUGUGGCGUCUUUUUCUUCAUCGUUUUCUUCGUCGCAGCCGGCGGAGUUGGGUCGGCCGUCGCGCAAGAAGAAGAUGGACCCGUGGUGAGCACCACCUACGGCCCCGUGCGGGGCUUCUACCAGUCCUCCGCCGAGCAGGGGGGCAAUCUCACCCGCGCCUUCCUCGGCAUACCCUUCGCCGCCCCGCCGGCCCGCUUCGCUGCGGCCACCGCGCCCGCGACGUGGACGGAGGCCAUCAACGCCACGACGUGGCCCGCGCCGUGCGUCCAGCCGGCCUCCUCCCCGAACCCCAACCGCACCAUCGGCAGCGAGGACUGCCUCUACCUCAACGUGUUCACCCCGCGCGACGCGCAGGCAGGCGACGAUCUGCCGGUGAUGGUCUACGUGCACGGCGGCCGCUACUGGACGGGCGAGUCCGACCAGUACGCCGGCCAGUGGCUUUCCGGCAACGGUCGCGUGGUCUUGGUCACGAUUCAGUGUCGCCUGAACAUCUUUGGUUUCUUUGCCCUGCCUGAGCUCGAAGCCAACAACAGCCUCAACCUGGGUCUGCUGGACCAGCGCCUGGCCCUGCACUGGGUGCGUGACAACAUCGCCGCAUUCGGUGGCAACCCCGAUCAGGUCACCCUCUUCGGCGAGAGCGCCGGCGCCGGCUCGGCCCUCCUGCACCUCAUGAUCAACCCGCCGGGCGAGUCCGUUCGGGCCGACCAGCUCUUCAAGCGCGUCAUCCUCCAGAGCGUCUGGCAGUGGGUGCUGCCCACGCUCAGCCGGAGCAAGGCCGCGUCGCUCUCGUGGUCGGCUCAGCUGGGCUGCAACCAGUCGACGACCGCCGAGGUGCUCGCCUGCAUGCGCGGCCUGCCCGCCAACAGCAUCGCGCCGCUGUCGACCACGCCCCAGAUCAACUACUUCCAGCCGCUGGUCGAUGGCGACUUCCUCGAGGACCAGCCGCUCGUGCUCAUCAAGAAGGGCCGCUACGCGACCAACGUGACCGUGGUGAUGGGCUACAACGCCGACGAGGGCAACUUCAUGGCCAGCACCCGCCUGGGCUUCAAGGGCCCCGAGGACAACAUCACCCAGGCCAACUUCCUCACGGGCGCCAAGAACCGGAGCCUGGCCUACUGGCUCACCGAGGCCGAGAUGAACCAGGUCAUCGGCUGGUACAGCGCCUCGACCGCCAAGCUGGGCUACUGGUACGGCCUGGGCAAGAUCCUCGGCGACUUUUACAUCAUCUGCCCGUCGAUCCUGGCCGCGCCCUACCUGGUCGACCGCGCUGUCGACGAGACCAUCUACACCUAUGUGUGGAACCACACGAGCGUCAACAACGCCAACCAGUACGAGGGCGCCGCCCACGGCAACGAGCUCGUCUACGUCUUCAACAGCACGGUCUACACCCCGGGCUACAACCUCAGCGCCGUCGAUCUGGCCCUGGCCUACCGCAUGAUCCAGUCGUGGUCCACCAUCGCCACGCAGGGCGCGCCGCAGGCCGGCUGGCCCGCGCACAACGCCACCGAGAGGCGUGCCUUCCUGUGGCAGCAGUCGACGGUCGACUACGACCCGGCCCAGGCCGCCACCAUCCCCUUCGCCCAGCUGAGCCCGCUCUGCGGCAAGUGGGCCGCCUACUUCAACGUCUCCUCCACUCCCGCCAACAGCGGCGCCUCGUCGCUUCGGUCGACCAACGAAAAACACGGGGCGCCCGCCUGGACUUGGAAGGGAGCGCUGGCCGUCUUGGUUCGUGAUUUCGAUGCGAUCUUUGCCCACCUCUGGGCCAGCAAGAGCACACAUCUCAAGUACGCGUUCGAUGCUCGAACGGUGACGACCAGGCUCGUGGAGGUAGCGCUGCCCACCUCCUCAACAUCGGAAGAUGACCAGCCGCCAGCGAUCAUCAACUUCGCCCUUCAGAAGGUCGAGGGCAGAAGGCACAGGCCCAUCAAUCCAGUGGCUGAGCUGCACGAAGUGGUUCAGCCCUUCACGACGGACAGCGGAGCGUUCAACUUCAACAACAAGGACGCCAGUGAGGUGCUGUUCACGAUCGACGUCGUCCGGUCGCAGCCUGCCCACGCGGAGUCGCAGCACGCACACGACCAGGAGCAGCAGAAGGGGUGGACCAGCGAGCUGGCCGGCGUGCUGGUCAACAGCCACCCGUUCGCCUACGGCUGCGUCGUGCUCGUCGUGCGCACGGAUCGCAUGCUGCCUCAGGUCCUGACGCAGGAGGCGAUCGAGGUGGGCCUCCUGCUGGCAGCGCAGAGCACCGAGGGCCUGCGCGUGGGCUACAACUCGCUUGCCGGCGGCGCCUCCGUCAAUCAUCUGCACUUCCAGGGCUGGUACUUCAACGCCACCCCCGACGGACAGCUCCCGGUGGAGAGCGCCCCCUUUGCGUUACUGCGAUCGUCUUCCGGUCUGGCCAUCUCUCAAUCGCAAGGCUAUCCCAUUCGCUCGCUGCUGUUCUCUACACACGCAGAAGACGUGUCGCCAGGCCGCCUUUCUGCGGCCGUCUAUUCGGCAUAUGUCAUCCCACGCAGAUUCGCGACGCCCAACGUGUGGGACCAGCGCGCAGGCUUCCCUGAAGUGGCCGGACAGAUUGUCACGGUCUCCGAGGAGGCGUUCGCAGGGCUGGAGAGUCCCUACCAGUUUCUCGAGGCCCUGUCUCUCUCGCGAGAGGAGUUUGCCGACGUGCUGGCGGCGUGUUGUUGA